ACGACAAAUCAGUGCAAUGACUGCCUCACGGCGCGCUCUUACGGCUAGGCAUCAGAUUUUCGCGACGACAUUAACUUGUGGACACACUCGUUUUAUCACAAUUCUCAUAUUGCUUUUAUCCAAGUGGAAUCUUUGUGUUUUAACCGCCGCGAAUGCCUAUGAAUUUCGCGCUUUUGCUGACGUUUUAAAACAACAACAUCUACAACAUGCCAUUAUCGCAUACAACAGCGACACUGAGCAAACACAACAGCAGGCGGGUUUGCUGAAGGAUAAUGCAUUACGUGCACUGCUUAAUGUGGCAUCACUGCACUUUUACGACGUCCAUCAAGCGAAAUCCACUAAAAACUAUACUGAUUUCGAAAGACUCUUCUAUCAUGACUCACCGCGCGUCGGUAUCUAUGUGGCACAGCUGGAGGAUGUGCUGUUGCAGCAGUUUGUUUUGGGCUCAAAUGUGAUUAGUGUUGACACCAUCGAUGCGGGUGGGUAUAGAGUGCGCGUUGAUGUGGGUGCGCGUUUCAACAAUUCUCGCGUCUGGUUCAUAAUGUCCAAGCAGCGCGCAGUGGCGACAGCGCUGGCGAAUGUGCGACGCGUGUUGACGCCACUAGCAGUGAAUAUAAGCGCCGACAUUACUGUCGGUGUUCGAUUGGUUGACAACAAUACAAUUGAACUUUUCGACAUUUACAAAAUACAAAAAGAUUGGCUCGAGAUCGAACCGAAGGGUUAUUGGAGUUCUACAGUAGGUCUCAAACUUAAUUUGCGUUUCCAUCAAACCUUCGUUAGCAGGCGUCGCAAUUUUAAGGGUCUGACAUUAGUAGGUGGCAUAGUGAUACGUGAACAGCCUGUCGGCAUGGAUGAUUUAGAAUAUUUGAACUCUUUGGACUAUAAAAAUUUCGAUCCCAUGCAACGGAAAACAUACCAAUUGAUGAAGUUAAUGGAACCUGUAUUUGACGUGAGUUUUCAACCAAUUCUUAAAAACAUUUGGGGCGAACAGUCAACGAAUGGCAGUUGGGAUGGUGUUAUGAAGUUAUUGCUCUCCGGCGAAGCGGAAUUUUCACUAUGUCCCAUGCGUUUCGUAAUGAAUAGGGUACAUCUAAUACAUUAUACGAUAGCGGUACAUACAGAAUUCGUCUUCUUCAUAUUUCGGCAUCCGCGUCGCAAUGACAUACGUAAUAUUUUCUUUCAGCCAUUUGUCGAAGAGGUCUGGUACACGGUGAUCGCGAUAAUUGUCAUAACCACAUUAUUGUUGCAAUUACAUAUACAUCAUGAAAAUCGUUUCUUCAUAAAUAAAGAUCCACAUUUUCAGACCCGCUUCGAUUAUGCGAUUAUCUCAAUUUUAGAAGCAUUCUUCAUGCAAGGACCUGCAAAUGAUGCAUUCAACGCCACCUCAACGCGUACGCUCAUCUUCUCUGUCUGUCUGUUUAGCUUGUUGUUGCAACAGUUUUAUGGCGCUUUCAUUGUGGGCUCACUAUUGGCUGCCUCACCACGUACUAUAACCAAUUUGGAGGCACUCUACAAUAGUAGUCUCGAAAUUGGUAUAGAAAAUAUACCAUAUAAUAUUGAUACGUUUGAGAAGACCACCGUGCCACUAGGUAUCGCAAUUUAUAAAGAGCGUGUUUGCAAAAAUCGCGAGCAAAAUAUUAUAUCAAUUGAAGAGGGCGCUGAACGUAUAAAGAAGGGUGGCUAUGCCUUUCAUGUGUCGGCUAAUCGCAUAUACUAUAUGCUGAAAGAAUUACUGACCGAAAAAGAAUUCUGUGAUUUGCAAGACGUGCCAUUCAUUCCACCCUAUCGUAUUGGUAUUGGCAUUACGAAAACUUCACCAUUUCGCGAAUACUUUACAACAUCGAUUGCGAAUUUCCAUACCUCCGGACUCUUGCAAUAUCAUGAUAAUCAAUGGCAAUUACCAGAAAUGGAUUGUAGCCUCAGUCAGAAUCAUGAGGUCGAAGUGGAUCUACAGCAUUUUUUACCAGCCCUAAUGUUUUUAAUAUCUGCAAUGCUACUUAGUUUGGCUGUAUUAAUUUUGGAGAUCAUCUACUACAACUUGGAACACAGUGCAAGGUUAGCACGUUUGUGUCCAAGAAUAAUGCCAAAGCCCAAACUGGAGUUUAUCAAUUGAGAAUGGCCGGCUAUAAUAUUUUGUUUCAAGCAACUUUUGUGCAUAGAGCUCUUAUAAUAUGGGUCAAUAAAACUAGUAAUUUAGAAAUGCA